AGGACCCAGGACCCAGGACCCAGGACCCAGGACCCAGGACCCAGGACCCAGGACCCAGGACCCAGGACCCAGGACCCAGGACCCAGGACCCAGGACCCAGGACCCAGGACCCAGGACCCAGGACCCAGGACCCAGGACCCAGGACCCAGGACCCAGGACCCAGGACCCAGGACCCAGGACCCAGGACCCAGGACCCAGGACCCAGGACCCAGGACCCAGGAUCCCUGGCUCCCUUCUCUGGAUCUUCUCUUUGGAGCCCAGAGAAAGGGUGAACUGAUCUCUUCCUUUAUAAUACUCUCGCGGAGGUCAAUGGGCCAUCUAGGGGUUUCUGAAUUAAUUCACGUAGUCGUUUUGGUUUAG